CUGGUAAAUGAUUUACUUGUUGAUCCCCAGCAGAAAAGAGUUUCAGAGUCUGACCAAAAACAAAAGUAUUUGUGAACUGAGCUCAGAAUGAGAGUUCCUGUAAAACUCCUCGGCUUCGGCUUUUGGUUGUUUUUCUUAAAUUGUGCCCGAUGUCAAGAAUGUCUUCGAGAGAACAUUGAAUAUGAAAACACAGAACCAGUUGAAAAAGCUUCAUAUGCUAAUGGGGAAACAGUGAAAGUGAACUGUGUGACAGGUUAUACUGGCUUUUAUAAAUUAAAAUGUGAAAAAGGAGAAUGGAAAAAAACCAUUGGGCGACCAUGUGCAAAGAAAAAAUGUAGUCAUCCAGGCGACGCACCAAAUGGUGAUUUUGAACUCACAGAGGGGACAGAGUUUGUUUUUGGAGUAACAGUGGUGUAUAAGUGCAACAAAGGGUAUGAAAUGACAAGCAGUAUCAAUCAUCGUUCCUGCAGAGCUCAAGGAUGGGACAACGCUGUCCCUGUCUGUGAGGUGGUGAAAUGUCCACCCAUCCUCACAGAUGAGGAGGUGACUGUGUCGGGUAACACAACGGAGGGAAGUUAUGGGGAUGCUAUUCGCUUUGAGUGUGUAUCUUCUGACAAAAUGAUAGACGGAAGUAGUGAAAUUCACUGCGAUGAGACGGGAAAAUGGAGUGACGUUGCUCCAAAGUGCAAAGACAUAACAUGUACAGCACCUGUCAUACCAAAUGGAUAUGUUGUUGAUUCACAGCCAGAAUACAAGAAAGAUGCCCUGUUAAAAUACAAAUGCAAUGAAAUGUUCAUGCCCAGAGAGGGAAUCCCCAGAUGUGCUAAAUUUGGCUGGACUGUGAAACCAGAAUGCGAUGAAGUAAACUGUGUGCUGAAGUCAACCACAUUUGGAGUAAAAAUUAUAAUCCCACAUGGAAAAACUAUUUUCAGAGCUACAGAAAGUGUGGAGAUCACCUGCUCUGAAAAACACUGGUUGUUUGGUACAAAAGAAACCAAAGAAACGUUUACAUGCCAAGAUAAUGGAGAGUGGGACAAUGAGCCUGUUUGUGCAGAGAUUACAUGUGAAGUUCCACGUGACCAGCAUGUAUAUAGACUAUACUUCUGGAGAACAAUGAAAUUAGGAGAAAAACAAUCUUACAGUUGUGAUUAUGGUUAUCGUCAAACAGCAGCAGAAGCCACAUGUACACGAGACGGAUGGACACCAAAACCACUGUGUACUGAAAUAGUGUGUGCAGCACCUAACAUUCCAAAUGCAGAGAUUGAGGGAGGUCAGAGAUCAAACUAUAGAAUCAAUUCAAGUAUACAAUAUAAAUGUCACUCUGGAUUUGAACCAGAGGAGCCUGUACAAAUCACCUGUGAAUCCCAGGGCCAGUGGAGAGGCAUACAGCAGUGCUCUAGCUAAAGACAAGAAGUAUGAAAGGAGUACAAGAAAGAAGUGCGCACCCAGCAGAAGACAUCUCCAGUAACUCCACACCAUCUCCAGUCUGCUCAGUUUAUUUGCUGAGGCACAUCAGAAUUAAACUAAUUGUGUUCCUGUAAAAUUAUGGAUUUCAGAAUCUCCACCAAUUCUCAGCCGGAGGAUGACAGCUUCACCUUUCUGUGAUGUUUGGUGUAUGUUUUAAUGGGGAAUGUCUGAAUAAAUCAUCUCAAUAAA